AUGUUUGUGCUCAGAAAUGUUGGCAAGCUUCUUUUUGGCUCCAACAACCAGGAGUCGAUAAUAGAGCUGCCCCAAGGCCAGCUGUACCUAGUCCGACCGCUUUCGCCGAAAGGUUACUCCGAGCUCAUCUUCAAAGACGCAUCCACGCGCAUUCGGCGCACUGCGCAGGACUUCCAGUACCAGCUUGUCGUCCAGCGAGUCUACGAGGAGGGCGAAGCCGAGCUACUUGCUGAAGAGGAGGGUGAAGACGCCGAGGCUGACGCCGAUAUUCUGGCUGGGGAGCGCGACGAGAAGACCUUUCUGCUGGACGAAGCGCUCCACUUCCGAGUUAAGAACCGCGAAGGAAGCGAAACGGUUCUGGCUUGGCGCGACUUGAGCGGCGACGCUGGUGACGUCUACGAGUUUGUCUGCGACGUCGCCGUCUCUUCUUCAGAGGUUGAGAAAUUCGAGCGCGUCGCGCGGCAGUGCCAGUACGAGCGCAAGUACCGAAAACCGCACACGACAGCAACGGAAGAGGAUCUUCAACAAUUCGAGUUCGACGAGCAACCUAUCCCGCAGGCCAGUCCGCUGCACAGCCCGACGAUCGUGAAGUCACGGGAUUCCAUCGACUCCAUGGUUCUCAGCAGGCCUUCCGCCAAUACGGCCGUUAAACGGGAGACGGAAGUCACACCGACGAAGAAGGGCAAGGAUCGGGACAUGAAGCCUCCGGCAGUGUCAGGCCAUCCUGAGGCGCGCGAGAUCUUGGCGGCAGAGGUGGCCGAGCUCCACUUCUUCGAUUUUCCCUCAGGAGCCUUCGUUCUCCAAGAUUCGUCCGUGACUGCGACCGUGUCCGAAACGGGCGACUGGCAAUACUGGCUUCAAGUUAAGAGCUCGGACCGAGACUGGCUGGGCAUUCCCGUCGUUGCCGACAUCAACCCGGUAUUCAACUUUGAGUUCUUGUCGUUCAUCUUCAACCAAUUCCGCGAAGACGGCUCCGCUUACUCAUGGCUUCUCCGGUUCAAGGACCAGGCCACCCUCGAGCGGUUCCAGGAGGGCCUGCUCCAAGCCCUCUGGGAGCAGUUGAACGAGAUGAAGUGGUCCAAGAUCAAGGACAAGGAGCGCGAUUAUGUUGCGGAUGCUUUCAACGACCUGACAAUGGAGGAUUCCGAGCAACCGGAGGAAGAGGAGGAGCAAGUUGAGGAGGAGGAAGCGGAGGAUGAUCGAGCUCGGAGCGAGCACUACGACAGCGACGAGGAAGCGGAUGACGUCGAGUCCAAGCCCAAAGACGGCGAAGUCAACAAGCAGCUUGCGGUUGGCUACAAGCACGACCGGUCGUUUGUGGUCCGCGGUUCCAAGAUCGGCGUGUUUAAACACACCCCCAACAACCACCUCGAGUUUAGCACCAACAUUUCCAAGGUUGAGACUCCAAAGGGCGAGCUGUUCUCUCCCAAGAAGGUCAUGCUCCACAACGAAGACCGGAAUCUCAUCUUGCAAAAGGACUCGGAUCCGAACAAGCUGUACCGCAUGGAUCUCGAGUACGGCAAGGUUGUCGACGAAUGGACGGUACACGAAGACAUCCCGGUCGUCACCUUUGCGCCGGAGAACAAGUUCGCUCAGAUGACGCACGAGCCAACGUUCCUCGGCAUCAGCCGGAAUGCCCUCUACCGCGUGGAUCCUCGUCUGUCUGGCAGCAAGCUUGUUGAUGCCCAGCUCAAGCAAUACGUGAGCAAGAACGACUUCUCGGCAGUUGCGACCACCGAGAAGGGAUACAUCGCGGUGGCUUCCAACAAGGGUGAUGUUCGGCUCUUUGACCGCCUAGGUGUGAACGCCAAGACACACAUUCCCGCUCUCGGCGAGCCGAUCAUCGGGCUUGACGUCUCUGCCGACGGCCGCUGGGUACUUGCCACGUGCCGGACAUACCUCCUCCUCAUUGACGCGCUGCAGAAGUCAGGCAAGAACGAGGGCAAGCUGGGCUUCGAGAGGUCCUUUGCCGCCGACGCGAAGCCGCAACCGCGCCGCCUCGCCCUCGCACCUGAACACGUCGCCCAGUUCGCCUACGAGACUGGCAAGGGUGUCAGCUUCACACCCGCCAAGUUCAACACGGGUGAGGGGGCCUCGGAGACCAGCAUCAUCACAGCCACGGGCCCGUACAUCAUCGAGUGGAGCCUUAAGAAGGUUCUGAACGGGCGGAAGGCGCCAUACCUGAUCAAGCGGUACACGGAUGAUGUUAAGGCGGAUGAUUUCAAGUUUGGCACCGACAAGAAUGUCAUUGUGGCGCUGCCUCAUGAGGUCAACAUGAUCAACCAUACGCGUCUGAAGCGGCCGACGCGGGAGAGCAUUGCUGGUGAUUUUGGCAUUGCCGGGCGCAGGGGCUCGGGGCGGAUUGGUACACCAGGAAGUGGGAGGUACAAGCUGGGCAAGGAUGAUGUUGUCAAGGAGGCGUUUUGA